AUGUUCAGUUGGUUCAAAAAAAAACCCCAAGAAAAGCCCCCCAAAGAAGUCGAAGAAGACAUUAAGGAUGAUUCAGAAUUAGAAAAGAAUGGUAUAGACCCUAUAGAUUAAAUUCCCGAUGAACCUGCAUAAGAAGAAGUUUUAACUGAUUUUUCCAACGAUUACCCUGGAUAUUUAGUUUUGGAAAAAGGAGAAAUCUUAGCUCUUGCUUCAAACUUCAAUGGAUUUUAAGAAAAAGAUGAUACUAGACAUGAAUUUGGUCAUAAAAAGGGUGGUAGAAUUUGUAGUGAUCAAGUAAUUUAAAAGAAAUUGCGUUCUAUUGGUAAGGAAAUAGUUAAAUAAAUUGGAAGAAAGAUUUUAAGUGGUUCUCUCAAUUUAACCAAAAUUUCAUUCCCCAUUAAAGCUAUGAUUCCUAAGACAGCACUUGAAACCGCUGUUCAUGCAACUUGCUUAUUCCCCUUCUACAUGAAUAGAGCUACAAUGGAAACAAAUCCUCUUGAAAGAUUCAAAAUUGUAGUUACUACUACCAUUUCUUCCUUCUACUAUACCAACACUUUCCUUAAACCCUUGAAUCCUAUCUUAGGUGAAACUCUUGAAGCUGAAUUUAAAGACGGAACUCAAGUUUAUUGCGAACAAAUCUCACAUCAUCCUCCUGUUAGUUAUUUCUUAGUUGUUGGUCCCUCUAACUCUUACAAAUACUAUGGUCGUUAUGAUUACGAUGCUAAAGCUGGUUUGAACUCUCUCAGUAUUUUGAAUAAGGGUAAGAGAAGCGUUGUUUUCUAAGAUGGCUAAAAGAUCAACUUUGAUUUCCCUAAUGAAUUAUACAGCGGUACCUUAUUGGGAACAUUAAAAUAGGAAAGUAUUGGUAAAAUGUCAUUUAGUGAUGAAAAGUACGGUUUUUACUGCGAAAUUAAAUUUGGUGAUGUUAAAAAGAAACCAAGUGAUUAUUUCUAAGGAGAAAUAGUACAAAACGGAAAGAGCAUUUGCAAAGUCUAUGGUACUUAUCUCGGUUUCAUUGAUUUUGAUGGUGUCCGUUACUUCGACCACAGAUUAGUCACUCCCCAUACUAUAUUCAUGAAAUAAGGAAACGAUAGUUUGUAAAGUGAUCACAAGAAAAGACUCGAUCUUAUCACUCUUAAAUAAGGUAAUGUUAAGUAAGCUUAGGUAGAAAAAGAAGUCUUGGAAGAAGCUUAAAGAAAAGAUGCCAAGCUUAGAAAAGAACAUGAAAAAAUUCUUGCCAAAAAGUGA